CCUCGCUGUGGUUUCGCGGCCGCGGGGAGCAGGAAGCGCCUCGAGCGCGGCCUCCGCCUUCCUGCCACCCCCGCGGGGACAGCGCCGGGACCCCCCUGGCGUGGCCCCCGUGUCCCCGGCCGUGUCCCCCGCGCUGUCCCCGGCCGUGUCCCCGUCCCCAUGUCCCUGGCGCUCAAGGCCCGGCAGCGGGCGAGGCGCAAGGGCGGCUCCCGGGAGCGGCUCUUCGGCUGCGACCUCCGCGAGCAUCUCCAGCGCUCGGGGCAGGACGUGCCGCAGGUGCUCCGGAGCUGCACGGAGUUCGUGGAGCAGCACGGGGUGGUCGAUGGCAUCUACCGCCUGUCCGGGGUGUCCUCCAACACCCAGCGGCUGCGGCAGGAGUUCGAGGCGCAGCGCAGCCCGGACCUGUCGCGGGACGUUUACCUGCAGGACGUUCACUGCGUCAGCUCCCUGUGCAAGGCCUACUGCCGCGAGCUGCCCAACCCCCUGCUCACCUACCAGCUCUACGACAAGUUCGCCGACGCCGUGGCCAUCCAGAUGGAGGAGGCGCGGCUGGUGAAGAUCAAGGAGGUGCUGAAGGAGCUGCCAGCGCCUCACUACAGGACGCUGGAGUUCCUGAUGCGGCACCUGCUGCGCAUGGCGGCGCACAGCGGGCGCACCAACAUGCACGCGAGGAACCUGGCCAUCGUCUGGGCGCCCAACCUGCUGCGCUCCAGGGACAUCGAGGCCUCGGGCUUCAACGGCACGGCGGCGUUCAUGGAGGUGCGCGUGCAGUCCAUCGUGGUGGAGUUCAUCCUCACCCACGUGGAGCAGCUCUUCGGGGACGCGCCGCUCCGAGGUGGGGACUGUCCCCGUCGCUCGCUGCUCCUGCCCGGGGGUGUCCCCCCCCUGCACGUCCCGGCCGCGCUGAGCCAGGGUGACGGCCCCCCCCAGAUGCGGCCCUACCACACCAUCAUCGAGCUCGGCGAGCACAGGAGCAAGGGCUCCCUCAAGGCCAAGAAGUGGAGAUCCAUCUUCAACCUGGGCCGCUCCGGGCACGAGGCCAAGCGGAAAUCGGGGAAGGUGGAGGAGAAAGACAAGUGCGGGAAGGUCACUCUGCGGCCGGCCAAGAGCAUGGACUCGCUCAGCUCCGGCCCCUCCGGACCGGCCGGCCCGGACGCCGCUCGGCUGCUGCCGAAGCUGUCGGUGAAGCUGCGGCCGCAGCGGCAGCACAGCUCGGACGCGACCCCCGCGGCCCCGGAGCCGCCCCCGGAGCUGGACGAGAGCCUGGAGGAGUCGCUGGAAGGGGCGGCCGAGAGCAGCACCAAGUCGGAGCCCACCACCCCCAAAGCCCCCCGGGCGGGGCCGGGGGUCGGCGGCCGCUCCCGCGCCGAGAAAUGCGCGGGGCUCCACAUCUCGGGCCCCUUCUCGGUCACCGUCCCCUUCCACAUCACCUCCAACCUGUCCCGCCUCACCCGGGGGCUCCCGUGCCCCGCGCUGGAACGGGAACAGACCCCCGGCAGCCCCCCCGAGCCCGCCCGGGACCCCCGGCCCUGCUCCGAGGAUGCGGAGCAGACCCGGCUCUCCCUGGAGCUCCGCGACUCCUUCGCCUUCCUGGACGGCCCCGAGACGUGGCUGGAGGGCGGCGGCGACACGGAGGCGGCGGCGGCGGCGCGGAGCCCCGGCAGCGGGGAUGAGAGCCCCGGGACCGGGGAUGAGACCUUCAGGAUCGAGGAUGGGACCCCCGGGAUCGAGGAUGGGACCCCCGGGAUCGAGGAUGGGACCCCCGGGAUCGAGGAUGGCACCCCCGGGAUCGAGGAUGGGACCUUCAGGAUCGAGGAUGGGACCUUCAGAAUCGAGGAUGGGACCCCCGGGAUCGAGGAUGGGACCCCCAAGAUGGAGGAUGAGACCCCCGGGAUCGAGGAUGGGACCCCCGGGAUCGGGGACGGGUUCCCGGUCGUGGAGGAGGGGAUGGAGAGCGGGUUCAUGAAUCCAGGUGAGCGCUGGGCGGAGCAGCCGGACAGUUACCUGUCCAUCGAGGAGUGCACGGAGCAGGACAUGUUCUUCCUGGCCCCCGGCGCCUCCGAGCCCGACUCCGACCCCGACGAGAUCUUCCUGAGCGCCCACGACGAGCUCAGCCCCCUGGGGACCCCCGAGGGACCCCCGGGUGAGGGGACAGCCCUGGAGACCCUGGAGAACCCAGAGGUCCUGGAGAUCCCAGAGAUCCCAGAAAUCCCAAAAAUCCUGGAGAUCCAGGAGAUCCCAGGGAUCCCAGAGACCCCGAAAAUCCUGGAGAUCCCAGAGAUCCCAGAGACCCCCAAAAUCCUGGAGAUCUCAGAGACCCCAGAAAUCCCCAAAAUCCUGGAGAUCUCAGACAUCCCAAAGAUCCCAGAGAUCCCAGAGACCCCCAAAAUCCUGGAGAUCUCAGAGACCCCAGAAACCCCAAAAAUCCCAGAGAUCCCAGAGAUCCCCAAAAUCCUGGAGAUCCCAGAGAUUCCAGAGAUCCCCAAAAUCCUGGAGAUCCCAGAGAUCCCGGAGAUUCUGGCCCAAACACCCCCAGAAAAGGAUGGUCCAGGAGUGGGGGACCCCCCCCGGCACCCCCAUGGGGAGGGGGCUGCAGAGGGAGACCCCAGCCCCAGCUCGGGGGUGUGGGGUGAGGGAGGAGGGCUCGGGGGUCCCGCUGGGAAUGGGGGGGUGGGCGAAGCUGGAUCUCGGCCCCUCAUCCCAGGGGAGGGGGAUCCCCGGGAUUUAGGGGGGUCUCCUCCAGCAGAGCCCCCCCAGAAGCCCCCCGAGCCCCCACCCCUGGGGUCUGUUCCUGGGUGGGUCCCAGACAGGGCCGGUGUCACCCCCGGGACCACCCCGACCUCUCCCCCUGCCCCGAUCCCUGGAGAUCCCCCCAAAAACCUGGAGCUGACCCAGGAUGAGCCCCCCAAAAACCUGGAGACCCCCAGGCCCUCGGAGCUGAUCCAGGAUGGGUCCCUGAGACCCCCAAAGUUUAUCCAGGAUGAGCCCCCCAAAAAUGUGGAGCCGAUCCGGAUAGAGCCCCCCAAAAUCCCGGAGCUGAUCCGUGAUGAGCCCCCCAAACCCCUGCAGCUCCCUGGGCCCCUGGAGCCCCCAAAAUCCCUGGAGCCGAUUUGGGAUGAGCCCCCCAAAUCCCUCAAGCUGCUCCAGGACGAGCCCCCCAGAAUCUCAGAGCCCCCCAAAUCCCCGGAGACCCCCAAACCCCCAAAGCCGAUCUGGGAUGAGCCCCCCAAAACCCUGGGGCGCUGUGGAUCCCUGGAGCUGAUCCGGGAUGAGCCCCCCGAGACCCCAAAGCUGAUCUGGGACGAGCCCCCGAAAUCCCUGGAGCUGAUCCUGGCUGAGCCCCCCAAGUCCUGGGACCCCCCGGGACCCCCAAAUCCGAUCUGGGACGGGCGCCCCAAAUCCCUGGAGCCGAUCCUGGCUGAGCCCCCCAAGUCCUGGGACACCCCCAAAUCCCUGGAGCCGAUCUGGGACAAGCCCCCCAAAUCCCAGGACCCCCCGGGACCCCCAAAUCCGAUUUGGGAUGGGCGCCCCAAAUCCUUGGAGCCGAUCCUGGCCGAGCCCUCCAAAUCCCAGGACCCCCCGGGACCCCCAAAUUCGGUCUGGGACGGGCGCCCCAAAUCCCUGGAGCCGAUCCUGGCCGAGCCCCCCAAAUCCUGGGACCCCCCGGGACCCCCAAAUCCGAUCCGGGAUGGGCGCCCCAAAUCCCUGGGGCCUCUCCCGGCCCCCCUGUGCAGCUCCCGCCGCCCCCUCCCCAUUUUGGGGUCACGGGUGCUGCUGGCCCGGGCCGUGCCCGUGGUGCCCCCCAAACCCCACUUCGCCCGCCCCCUCCUGGGACCCCCAGGACCCCCCCAAAUCGCCCUGGGAACCCCCCAGAUCCCUCUGGGACCCCCUCAAAUCCCCCUGGGAACCCCAAACAUUCCCCCAGGACCAUCAGGGACCCCCCCAAAUCCCCCCGGGAUCCCCCCAAGUCCCCCCGGGACCCCCUGGCAGCCCUGGGGGGGCACGAGCGCUGAGCAUGGGCAGGGCCCCCCCAGAGCAGAGUGCAAAUAAAUGAUGAUAAUAUGAGAAUUAAAUGAUAAUUAAACAAUAAUAAAAAUACCGAGGUGAAAA